CGCUUCGCCCCCGUGUGCCCGCAGAACCUGCACGGCGUGCUGCCCGACAUCAUGCUGCCCGUCUGGCUCACCGACAACCUGGACGCCGCCGCCGGGUACCUGCAGAACCAGAGCGAGGACUGCCUGUACCUCAACGUGUACGUGCCCACGGAGGAGGGACCACUGACAAAAAAAGCUCCCGACUCAAACCGGCCCAGAGAGCAAGAUAUCCGUGAGCGCAGGAAGAAGCCGGUGAUGUUGUUCAUUCAUGGGGGCUCGUACAUGGAGGGCACAGGGAACAUGUUUGACGGCAGUGUGCUGGCCGCCUACGGCAACGUCAUCGUGGUCACCAUCAACUACCGCCUGGGCGUGCUGGGGUUCCUGAGCACGGGGGACCAGUCAGCCAAGGGCAACUACGGCCUGCUGGACCAGAUCCAGGCCCUGCGCUGGCUCAACGAGAACAUCGGCCACUUCGGGGGAGACCCUGAGCGCAUCACCAUCUUCGGGUCAGGAGCUGGGGCAGCCUGCGUCAACCUGCUGAUCCUGUCCCACCACUCUGAGGGGCUCUUCCAGAGGGCCAUUGCUCAGAGUGGAUCAGCCAUCUCCAGCUGGUCUGUGAGCUACCAGCCCCUGAAGUACACCCGCAUCCUGGCGCGCAAGGUGGGCUGCAGCCUGGAGGGGGCGGAGCUGCUGGCCUGCCUGCGGGGGAAGAGCUUCCGGGAGCUGGUGGACCAGGACAUCCAGCCGGCCCGCUACCACGUGGCCUGGCCUGUGGUGGAUGGAGACGUCCUGCCUGAUGACCCAGAGAUUCUCAUGCAGCAGGGGGAGUUUCUGAACUACGACAUCCUGAUGGGCGUAAACCAAGGGGAGGGGCUGAAGUUUGUGGAUGACAGUGAGGGGGAGGAUGGCCUCACGCCCGCCAGCUUUGACUACACCAUCUCCAACUUCGUGGACAACCUGUACGGCUCCACAGAAGGAAAAGACAUCCUGAGAGAGACGAUAAAGUUCAUGUAUACGGACUGGGCUGACAGGGAGAACACGGAGAUGCGGAGGAAGACUCUGCUGGCUCUCUUCACCGACCACCAGUGGGUGGCGCCGGCGGUGGCCACGGCCAAGCUGCACGCGGAGUUCCAGUCGCCCGUGUACUUCUACACCUUCUACCACCACUGCCCGCUGGAGGGCCGGCCCGAGUGGGCGGACGCGGCCCACGGGGACGAGAUCCCCUACGUGUUCGGCCUGCCCAUGCUGGGCCCCACCGAGCUCUUCCCCUGCAACUUCUCCAAGAACGACGUCAUGCUCAGCGCCGUCGUCAUGACCUACUGGACCAACUUCGCCAAGACCGGGGAUCCCAACCAGCCGGUUCCCCAGGACACAAAGUUCAUCCACACCAAGCCCAACCGCUUCGAGGAGGUGGUCUGGACCAAGUUCAGCUCCAAGGAGAAGCAGUACCUGCACAUCGGGCUGAAGCCCCGGGUCCGAGAUAACUACCGCGCCAACAAGGUGGCGUUCUGGCUGGAGCUGGUGCCCCACCUGCACAGCCUGCACCAGGACUGCCACCUGACGGUGACGCGGCUGCUGCCCGGCACCACGCUGAAGCCCCCGCGCUCCACACGGCCCCCCGCCACGCUGCCCCCCGAGCCGGAGGCGGAGUCGGAGCGGCCCCGCUUCUCGCCCUUCCCCAGCGACGUGCGCGACUACUCCACGGAGCUGAGCGUGACGGUGGCCGUGGGCGCCUCCCUGCUCUUCCUCAACAUCCUGGCCUUCGCCGCGCUGUACUACAAGCGGGACCGCCGGCACGAGCUGCGGCCCCGCCGCCUGUCCCCCCAGCGCCCCGCCCUGCCCCUGCCGCCGGACGAGGAGCUGCUGUCCCUGCAGCUGAAGCGCGACCCCCACGACCCCGACAGGCUCCGCCCCCACGACAUCCUGCGGCCCACCUGCCCGCCCGACUACACCCUGGCCCUCCGCCGGGCCCCUGAGGACCUGCCCCUCAUCACGCCCAACACCAUCACCAUGAUCCCCAGCUCUCUGAGCACCAUGCAGCCCCUGCACCUGCUGAACGCCUACCCCGGCCCCGCCCCCGGCCACAACAACGCCCUGGCCCACCCACAUUCCACCACCCGCGUAUAGGGCCCGCGGACCGGGCAGGGCCUGUCUGUGGACCAGCACCUUUCAGAACUCCACUGUUCCUCUUCCUCUUCCUCACCCUCCCCCCGCUGCAGGGCCUGCUUCAGUGUGGGAAUGCUGACUCACACUUUAUUUACACUGAACACACUUCAUAAAGAGUGUGUUUGAAUGUGUGAUGGAGCUCAAUUAUCAACCCCUCUGAUCAGUCCAAGAUCAUCAAUUACCAACACAUUCAUAUGAUAUCUAUAAUAACAAUAACCCACACACACCCACACACUCACACUCACACUCAUAUACACACACACACACUCACACACACACUCUCACACUCACACUCACAUACACACACACUCACACACACACUCUCACACUCACACACACACACACUCUCACACUCACACACACACACACACACACUCACACACACUCACACACACACACACUCACACUCACACACACACACACUCUCACACUCACACACACACUCACACACACUCACACACACACACACUCACACUCACACACACACACACUCUCACACUCACACACACACUCACACACACAUACUCACACAAACACACUCACUCACACACACACCCACAAUCAGACACACACAGACACACUCAUUCACACACACACACGCCCACACACAGACACAUACACACACAGACACACCAUACUAGCCCCCCACCUCUUAGUCCAGGGUGAGGGGGUGUUAGCGCACACCUCUUAGUCCAGGGUGAGGGGGUGUUAGCACACAUCUCUUAGUCCAGGGUGAGGGGGUGUUAGCGCACAUCUCUUAGUCCAGGGUGAGGGGUGUUAGCACACAUCUCUUAGUCCAGGGUGAGGGGGUGUUAGCACACAUCUCUUAGUCCAGGGUGAGGGGGUGUUAGCGCACAUCUCUCGGCCCUGCCCUGGGGCAGCUUCUCUGCUUUUAUCUUUCCUUUAGGGAGGAGACAGUUCUGACGGACUGAAGGUCAGACAACCCCACCCGCCCCAAAACUGGAGCUGAGCACGUCCUACGGAUGACUAACUGUAUCUCCAAGACAACAAAACAUUUAAUCUCCAAGAGACUGGCUACUUUUGGUCUUUGAUCCUCAGUGAAUGAAAUUUAAGAUUAUUAGACAAGUAUUAAAUAAAAUACGGACAGGUAAAAUGUUGUACGGACUGUUGAAAACGGGCAGAUUGGCACUUACAUUUUCUAGGACUUUUCUUGAGUUUUGUGGUCAGCUCACUGUCCGCUGGCACUGAUGAUGAACGCAUCACAAUGAGUUGAGGAAAGAAAAAGUAAACCUGUACAUUUUUAAGUGCCAGAUCUCAAACUGGAAAAAAAAAAACACAUGUUUGUAAAUAUUGAGUUCCUUGUUUGGUUUCGGCUGCCAUGGCGACGGUGUGUCGGUGCAGACUCCACACUCAUCCCCAGUUUUUACAUGGCUCCAAAGGUUAAAGGUCAUUGGUGCCGGACAGGGUCGUGGCAGUUCUCUGCCUGGUCGGACUGCCAGGCGUCGCACAGUGAGAACAGCAGCCCGAUAAUCCAGCGCCCCCAAAACCUUCAUCAGUCUCCUCCUCAUCACGUCUCCGCCUCCCGUGAGCACCGUCGUGAGCGAUCCUGUGUUCACCAGGUAACUGCUGCAGACAGGAGGAAGGCCUGAGCUCCUCAGCGCCCUCUGGUGGCUGUGACAGGGAAGCGCAGAGAGGUGGCGUUCAGCAUGAGCCGCCAGGGGCACUGCAGACAAGUUUCACACUGCGGGCGUGUCUCAGGCUUACGGUCGCAGGGUCCACUAGGCCACAAACGCAUCGCAUGCACACAGAUCUCAGCCGUAUGGGGAUAGGCUAGCAGGCCUGCUAUAGGGGCUGUGUGAGGGGCAUAGGCUAGCAGGCCUGCUAUAGGGGCUGUGUGAGGGGCAUAGGCUAGCAGGCCUGCUAUAGGGGCUGUGUGAGGGGCAUAGGUUAGCAGGCCUGCUAUAGGGGCUGUGUGAGGGGCAUAGGUUAGCAGGCCUGCUAUAGGGGCUGUGUGAGGGGCAUAGGUUAGCAGGCCUGCUAUAGGGGCUGUGUGAGGGGCAUAGGUUAGCAGGCCUGCUAUAGGGGCUGUGUGAGGGGCAUAGGCUAGCAGGCCUGCUAUAGGGGCUGUGUGAGGGGCAUAGGCUAGCAGGCCUGCUAUAGGGGCUGUGUGAGGGGCAUAGGUUAGCAGGCCUGCUAUAGGGGCUGUGUGAGGGGCAUAGGUUAGCAGGCCUGCUAUAGGGGCUGUGUGAGGGGCAUAGGCUAGCAGGCCUGCUAUAGGGGCUGUGUGAGGGGCAUAGGCUAGCAGGCCUGCUAUAGGGGCUGUGUGAGGGGCAUAGGCUAGCAGGCCUGCUAUAGGGGCUGUGUGAGGGGCAUAGGCUAGCAGGCCUGCUAUAGGGGCUGUGUGAGGGGCAUAGGUUAGCAGGCCUGCUAUAGGGGCUGUGUGAGGGGCAUAGGCUAGCAGGCCUGCUAUAGGGUCUAUGAGAGGCAUUAACCCACCACAUGACCAAAUGCGAUGCAGAUCAGACCAAGCAGAACUCAACAUUUUACGAGGGACUAGUUUCUGAUCUUCUGAUUUAUGCUGAACUGAGUUAUGUGUGGGCGAUAAUAAGAAAUGAAGGAGCAUGUUUAAUUUAUAAAGCAAUCGUCAAAACGAAUGAUGGCCUCCAUUCUUAGCUUAUUUUGGUGUGGCGUUGAUUUUCCUGUUCAGUUUUGGGUUGAGAGGUGAUUGCUCCACACUCUGGCUAAAGCUGUGGCAGGGAGCUGGUUAUUUUCACAUCAUCACUGAGCAGGAGGUUUACUUGUGCGCUGUGUUCUUACUGCAGAGAUGAGGGCAGGAAAUGAUCUAUUUUUGAAUGAAAUUAGUUUUUAACGGAGGCGUUGGAGACGGACCCGGAUCUCUGGCUCAGCAGCACAGAAACAUUCUCUAACGUUCUGGCAGCGUUCUCCCAGGGCUGCCGAAACGCUGCAGGAACGUUCUCUCAACACUCCCGGCCCCGUGGCCGGGCUGCCAGAGGGCCUGCUCCUGUUGUGUUCUUUUCCAUUUUACUUUUGUCAAAUUUAAAAAGAAAAAAGAAAAAAACUAAAAGUCUUGACAUGAAAAAAUGUUAAUAAUGGGUUUUAAAAAGGAUUAUUUAAAAAAAAAAGAAAAAAAAAGCAGACUUUAAAAAUAUUAGUACAGUGAGGAUUUUUCUGUUUCAGUUAGGAGUUAUUACACACUGUACGGCGUGUUUCUGAGCCGGGAAACAUUAAAAUCAUUCAGAGACAAAUGA